AUCCAGCACUUGCCCAAGCCGCUCCUGCGACACCAUCCACGGGGCACACCAAUGGAGAAAGACAUAGGGCCUAGAAAAUCUGUGCCAGGUUGCUUUGGCUACCCGAUCAGCAUCUUCUUCAUAGUCAUCAAUGAAUUCUGUGAAAGAUUCUCCUAUUAUGGAAUGCGAGCUGUGCUUGUUCUCUAUUUCAAGUAUUUUCUCCACUGGAAUGAUGAUCUUUCAACAGCAAUUUACCAUACAUUUGUUGCCCUCUGCUAUUUAACACCUAUCCUUGGAGCACUCAUAGCGGACUCCUUUUUGGGAAAGUUCAAGACCAUUAUUUCCCUGUCUAUUGUUUACACAGUUGGGCAAGUAGUCUUGUCAAUAAGUUCUAUAAAUGAUUUGACAGAUGGCAACAGGGAUGGCAUCCCGGAUAACAUUGAGAUUCCCAUUGCUCUGUCUAUGAUUGGCUUGGUUCUUAUUGCUCUUGGAACUGGUGGCAUCAAGCCAUGUGUAGCUGCAUUUGGAGGAGAUCAGUUUGAAGAGCAUCAGGAAAAACAAAGAAGCACAUUUUUUUCUAUAUUUUACUUGUCUAUCAAUGCUGGAAGUCUUAUCUCCACAAUAAUCACCCCAAUUCUCAGAGGCGAAGAAUGUGGAAUCCAUGUCAAACAGAAAUGCUACCCUCUGGCAUUCGGUGUUCCCGCUGCACUAAUGGCAAUUGCCCUGAUUGUAUUCAUAGUUGGAAGUAGAAUGUACAAAAAAGUUAAACCUCAAGGCAACGUAAUGGUCCAAGUCGGCAAAUGCAUUACGUUUGCCAUCAGAAACAGAUUUACGCAUCGCAGCAAAGACUACCCCAAGAGAGAGCAUUGGCUGGACUGGGCUAGAGAGAAAUAUGCUAAACGGCUUAUCACUGAGAUCAAGAUGGUCCUCAGAGUGCUAUUCUUGUACAUUCCUCUUCCAAUGUUCUGGGCGCUCUUUGAUCAGCAGGGAUCCAGAUGGACACUGCAAGCUACAACAAUGGAUGGAGAUUUUGGUCCUAUUCAGAUUCAGCCGGACCAGAUGCAGACUGUUAACCCAAUCCUCAUUGUUAUAAUGGUCCCAGUUGUAGAUAUGGUGGUUUAUCCACUGAUUAAGAAAUGCCGCAUUAAUUUCACGCCUCUAAGGAAGAUGACAGUUGGCAUGCUUCUGGCUGCUUUGGCUUUCAUUAUUGCUGCUGUGGUGCAAGGGCAAAUAGACCAAACUCUCCCAAACUUUCCUGAACCAGGCCAGUCCCAAAUCAAAGUAAUAAAUUUGGGAAAUAGCAAUGCAACAAUUGAUUUUAACACUGAAACAUCUGUUGGUGUGGAAUCUUUGAAAUCAACAGACUACAAAUCUUUUGACACUGCACACUUACACAACAUCAGUAUAACAUAUGGAAGUAAAACUAUAAACAAAUCAUUUGAAUUUGUUGGAAAAGAACGUCACACCCUCGAAAUAACAAAUGUAGCUGAGAUCCGGGUUGAACUGCUUGUGGAUGGUCUCACAGUAAAACCAGAGCAAGGAAACAAUGAAAUCAGAUUUAUAAACAACAUGAAUUCAACCAUAAAUAUCACUAUGGACGGUACUGAAUUUGGAGAAGUGAAUUAUUUCUCUACCACCAAUUACUCGGCUUUCCAAAGAGGAGAAAAACAUAUUAGAGUUAUCACUGACAAUAUGAGUUGUGAAGCAACGUCUUUGGUAUUUGGGUAUGGUAGUGCGUAUACCAUCAUAGUAAAUGGGUGUAAUGGCACACAUUUGAGUAUCGAAUAUGUUGAAGAUAUUCAAGCCAACACUGUCAGUAUGGCUUGGCAAAUCCCUCAGUACUUCAUUAUUACUUGUGCUGAAGUUGUCUUCUCAGUCACUGGACUAUCAUUUUCAUAUGCACAGGCACCUGUCAAUAUGAAGUCUGUGUUGCAAGCUGGCUGGCUGUUGACCGUGGCUGUUGGCAAUAUAAUUGUUCUUAUUAUAGCUGGAGCUACAAAAAUUAGCGAACAGUGGGCAGAAUAUGUUCUGUUUGCGGGUUUGCUUAUUGCAGUGACCAUUAUUUUUGCCAUCAUGGCCUAUUUUUACACUUAUGUGGACCCAGCUGAAAUUGAAGCUCAGCUUAUAGAGGAAGAAAAACAGGAGGAGGAAAAGAAAGAACCUGCUUAUGAAAAUGGAUCGGUUGUACAGAGUCAGAUGUGAACUCGGAUUGAAGUCUGAACAAGAAUGUAAAUUGCCAGCCGGUUAACUGCAUUGCCAGGUUGAAAUCCAGAAGUGUCACACUGUCGCUGGACAUGCUGUUAUCACUAGAUGGGGAUGGAUAAAAAGCACAGUCAAAAUGCACACUCCCUUUGAAGGUGUAAGAGUUGGAAAUCAGCUCUUGGUGAUGAAAAUGAGAAACCCCAUAAUCUCAUUCGCAGCAGAAUUUGCACUUCUUCUUUAAGAAAAAAGGGAUCUGAAUCCAACUGCACUUGGCUACAUUGAAAAGACUUUCAAAGUAUUAUUUUUAUACAGUGCACCUUUUAAUUUUAUAUUGUGGAGUAUUAUCAGAUCAAGGUAUUUUCUCCCAUGCAAUAUACAGGCCCAAGGGUUUUUUUUUUAAACGCUGCCAUACAAAUAAUGAAUGUGUAAUAUAUGUAUGUUUUUUCCUGAAAAUACAUAUCUGAGCCUGCUAAAUGUCACCAUCCUGGUAUUAUACUAGAGAACUCUUUCUUCAGUCUUUGCCGAGGAGCUCUACUGUCAGGCAGUCAUUGUGGUAGAGGAGAAUAAAGAGGGAUUACAUUAUGAAGAAGCAAAGGUAAUUGAAAUAAAACUGGGAUUGUUAACAA